CACACAUAUAAAGAAGAGAAGACGGGCACACAGUCUCUUUGUCUGACCGACUCAGGGAGGAUGAGACCGUUUUAACCAAACUGAGGAUUAAUGGGAUCGAAUGUAAGAGCUCAAUGGUUUGGUUUCAGUGUUUGGGAAGUUAUUUGUUCACCGUGGAACUAAACGCUGGUGUUACAUUCAACUGAAAGGAGCAAAUGGUGGAAGCAGGUGUGAUUUCUCAACAGAGAGCAGCUGAAGGUUCAGUCAGACCACAGGACAGUUUAGCAGCCCCCACUUCCUCAUCGAGAGCUGAAGCAGAGUUUCCUGUGACGCCUCUGUGUCUCUGGUCAAUUAUUUUACUCACAUCACUCUGCUGCUGUUCAGCUGUGCUGCAUGGGAAGAGAGCAGCCUCGUCGGAGCUGUGUAUCAUCAGUGGAUCUGCUCCUGAAACUGGACACAAAACACAUCAGACCAGUUUUGUUAGCUGUAUUCAGAGAAAAGCAGUGAUGCUUAGUAUACACAGUUAAAGUUGUUUGUGGGUUUGAGAUAUAAAGUCAUGCUGCAGCAGUCAGAGCUCAUCUUUGACUUUGCCAGCGAUCAUGUUAACAUGUCACAGCUGGGGGGUUACUCGGAUUACCCUGCGGUGAUUGUGGAGCAGGUUCCCCAUCCACACCUGCUCUCUUAUGCAGGUCUAGCGUGUGAACAGACACAGAUAGAGCAGGACCACCAGCAGCUGCUCAAAGUGGAACCAUGUGAAAGUGGAGAGGAGGAGACCAUGGAGACACUUGUUGCUGCUGACUCACUUCUCAACCUGGACUGCCCUGACUCCCUCUCGCUGGAACAACACUACUCCCAGACCUUCCUGCCAUCACCGGGGGAUGUCAUCACUACGCCUGUUACCCAGGUGACCGUGUCAGCAGAGGGGAUUGUGGGAGCUUUUGACCAGCCACAAUGGCACUCCCUACACACAGGGAAGCCUGCGUCACAGCUGCAGUCCAGAAAGAGAAGUAGAAAACCUCGACAUAGAAGGGCAGAAUCUCCCACGCCUGAUAUUAAAGUGAAGAAGGACAAAUACAACAAAGGGGGAAACACGUUGUACCUGUGGCAGUUCCUGAUGGAGUUGUUGCAGGACAGACAGGUCUGCCCCCGCUACAUAAAGUGGACUGAUCCCACCGCAGGAAUCUUCAAGCUGGUCAACUCGAAAGCAGUGGCCAGGCUGUGGGGCAAACACAAAAACAAGCCAGACAUGAACUAUGAGACGAUGGGGCGAGCACUCAGGUACUACUACCAGAGAGGAAUACUGAAUAAGGUUGAAGGCCAGCGGCUCGUGUACCAGUUCACCUCUCUGCCCAAAGAUAUGAUUUAUAUCACAGAGGGCAUCAAAGAAGAAGAAGAUGAUGAAAUCGAUUACAACAGCGGGAAUGACGAGGGUGUGAGUGAUGACUCUGAUGACAGCACGAUACCUUCCAGUGACCAGUCAGUGGAGGAGGAGGACUCGCACCCACCACCGAAGAAGAUCUCGACCGUCUCUGUUCGGGCCCCAGCAGCCCAGAGGACCCGGCCGUCUCCCAGACCCUCAGCCCAGCGCGACACUGUUCUGCAGCCUGCAAAAAACAGCCUCAUCCAGGAGAAGCAUUUACCUAUAGUGUCUGCUGAGAUGCUGCGAACCCUCCAGAACCUGCAGAAGGUCCAGUCCCUGCAGCCGAGGGGUCACUCCUCUGUCUUUCAGACGGCUCAGCUGCUGGGGAGUCUGUGCGAGCGACAGGCUGCGGCUGAGGUCGCUGUGGACAGUCAGGAUGAGGCGUCAAAGUUAGGACAGAAAACCUCGGAGGUGGAGACUCCACAGCUGGUCCCACUGAUCAGCUCUGACCUGUAAAAACCACAAAGCUUUAUUACACCCAAACACACACACAUGUUCAUACACUCCACUGACUCAGGACCAGUAACAGGGAAGCGCUUUUCUGCAGCUGCACACCAGAGCCUUCAUUUCUUAAGAGCAUAAAAGCCUGAUUUAUACUGCUGUGUAGAAUCUAUGCAAAGCCUGAGAUAGAGCUGCAGCGUAACAUUAAUUUAUUGAUUAACAGAAAUAGAUGACCUAUGACUUUGUUAACAGGUUGAUUGUUCUGGAGAUUUUCAAAUAAUAAUGUCAACUCUUAGCUGGUUCCAGUUCUUCAAAGUAAGGAUCUGCUGUGUAUUGUUAUUUUGUAGAUGAAACAUUCUUUAGGUUUUGAAUUGUUGGUUUUCAUAUGAGAAGCAAAAGGAAACAUGAUUUUGGGCUCUUGGACAUUGUGGUAAAAAUCCACAGCUCCCAGACAAGUUAUGAUCUAAAUGAUCAUCAGAUAAAUAAAUAAUGAUGCUAAUAUUAUUUGUAGCCCUAGUAUCACCAUGAUGUAGCUAAGAAGCCAAAGCCAAACAUCAGAUGGCUGCACGGCUCUCCUACCUUUUGUAUUUAGCUUUUACCAGCAUCCUUAUUACCUCAAAAAUUUCAACUGGAACUACGUAGAUUGUGUCGGGGUUGAACUUGAAGAUAAUCAAUGUAAAUUCAUACUGAAAUAUCUGCAACAGGAAAAGCAGGCAGAAAUACUGAGAUUGGCAAUCACCGGCCAGGUUUUAGCUCUGUAGAUUUCUACAGGCUUAAUGAAAAGAACAGAGUCCAACAUAGUCAGCAAUGACAUCAGCAAUGACCAAUGUCGGUUAUAGCUGACUGUUGCAGAGAGGCGUGGUUACAUUUGAGUUUAAGGUGCAUGCCAGGCGUAUAGCAUUGAUUCACCACAAACGUAUAAAUCAGGCAGAGAAUGCGGCGAUUGAUUCAGAAUAAUUUUUUGCAUUUUAGAUUAAAUUAUGAACUAGUAGCAAAACACAUUCUGGGUCACCGCAUCCCCUGAUUUGUGAACACACAGGAAACCAAACUCUCCAACAGUUUACUUUCUCAGAGAAGGGAGACUUUUAAAACUCAUGUCCUUUUCUCUCAGCCUUAAAUUUCAUAAAGCCUUUAACUAAACAAGACACCAAAGAAGACUAACAUGCACUGGAAUCUACUGCCUCACUGCACCUUCUGCAGACACUCCCUCUGCUUGCACUGCACCUCCAGCGUCACGCAGCAAACGAUCUCCUCACCACCACACUGUGCCCUCUUUAUUCUGCCUUCACUCUCGCUCUCUGCCACUCUGUUUCUUUCUGUCUUACCACCACGCGCUGAAUCAUUCCUCUGCCUUGAACACAGCUUUGCACUAAUGUUUACCUCUGCUGUAUGCUUCUUCUCUAAGUGCCUCUCCCUUCUUCCUCUGUUUCUGUUAUUAUGAGAUUAUUGAGGGAAAACAUUCCAUAUUAUUACUGUUUUUGUUUGUUAAAGAUUACUGAGUUAUAUUUGUGUUGUGAAAUGCUGAAAACAAGGGAUCACUGUUAUUUGUAGAGUUAUUUUGUAGCACUGCUGCUGCUGUUUAUAGUUGAUGUAUGGACACAGUGGACAUUCUGUUUAUGACAAUCACCAGUGAAUUUGGUCUUACAGUCUUUUAUUUAGCUACUGUAGAGUAAUAUUCUACUAUCUAGCCUCUCUGCUAUGCACACAUUGUUUAGUUAUUACACAUAUAUAAAUGUGCAUAUGGACCUCUGAAGCUUUGAUAUUAUGACUUGUUGUGUAAUAUACUGUAUGUAUGUGAACAUGCUUGACUUUGUGCCUUGUUGCCUAUUUUCUCCCUCAGGUUUGUAAACAUGUGUUGUAUGCUCUAUGCAAGGAGUAAAACAGCUGUCUCUUUACAAUGAAGUAAUGCUAGCUUAGCUUCACAUAUCCAGCCCACAGAGCUCACCUCUCUCCAAAAAAGAAAAGUUGCACCUGUAUAAUUUAUGCUAGCUUCUGUGAUGCUAAACUUAAGUUUAGAUUUGUGCCUUCGACAGGGAACCCUAUGCAGAACUGAUUUCACUUUAUCAUAAAGUAAAUCUUCUUUUUUUAACUCCCUCACUCUAUGCUUUAUCUGGACGUUUCUGGAUACUGUGAGAUUUACUUGUGGAUUUGUAAGCCUGUAGCAGAGAGAGAGAGAGGUGGACUGUCUCUUGCUUUAUUUACGUCUGUUUGCUUUUGUGCCGUCUGAAGGUGUUGAGAAGACAUUAAAGGGUCUAUUAUAAUAAAUAAACUUGAUUUUAUCAAUUCAA